AAAUUCUGAGCUCUCAUCAUGGCGGCGGCGGCGGCGGCGGCGGCUGCGGCGGCCGUCGGGGGCUCGCAGCCGCCCCAGCCGGAGGAGCCCGAGCAGGGGCCGGCCCUAGACAAGGCGGCCACCGCGGCGCAUCUGAAGGCCGCUCUCAGCCGGCCGGACAACCGUGCGGGCGCCGAGGAGCUGCAGGCGCUGCUGGAGCGGGUGCUGAACGCGGAGCGGCCGCUGGCGGGGGCUGCGGGCGGCGGGGAGGCGGCCGGCGGCGGCGGCCCAGGCGCGGCCGAGGAGGAUGCCCUGGAGUGGUGUAAGUGCCUUCUGGCCGGCGGCGGCGGCUACGAGGAGUUCUGCGCGGCCGUGCGGGCCUACGACCCCGCGGCGCUCUGCGGCCUGGUCUGGACGGCCAACUUCGUGGCCUACCGCUGCCGGACGUGCGGCAUCUCCCCCUGCAUGUCGCUGUGCGCGGAGUGCUUUCACCAGGGCGACCACACCGGACACGACUUCAACAUGUUCCGCAGCCAGGCCGGGGGCGCCUGCGACUGCGGGGACAGCAACGUGAUGCGGGAGAGUGGGUUUUGCAGAAGACAUCAGAUUAAAUCAAGUUCAAAUAUUCCCUGUGUCCCCAAAGACUUACUGAUGAUGUCUGAAUUUGUUCUUCCAAGAUUUAUUUUUUGUCUUAUUCAGUACUUAAGAGAAGGCUAUAAUGAACCAGCAGCUGAUAUACCAUCAGAAAAAGAUCUUAACAAAGUCCUACAGCUUUUGGAGCCUCAAAUUUCCUUUUUAGAAGACCUGACUAAAAUGGGAGGAGCAAUGAGGUCUGUUCUUACUCAGGUGUUAACAAACCAACAAAACUACAAAGAUCUGACUUCUGGUCUUGGAGAAAAUGCUUGUGCAAAGAAAAGUCAUGAGAAGUACCUUAUAGCUUUGAAGAGCUCUGGACUCACAUAUCCUGAGGAUAAGCUCGUAUAUGGGAUGCAGGAGCCAGCUGCUGGUACUAGCACUCUGGUAGUUCAAGGUUUUGCAGGCGCUCCAGGAGCACUGGGCCAGGCAGAGUCCUCAGAUGAGGAGGACCAGGACGGGAGUCAAGGCUUGGGCAAGAGAAAGAGGGUAAAGCUAAGCAGUGGCACCAAAGAUCAAUCCAUAAUGGAUGUUUUGAAACAUAAAAGUUUUUUAGAAGAACUAUUGUUUUGGACAAUAAAGUAUGAGUUUCCCCAGAAGAUGGUAACUUUCUUACUCAACAUGCUUCCAGAUCAAGAGUAUAAGGUUGCUUUUACAAAAACUUUUGUUCAGCAUUAUGCUUUUAUUAUGAAAACACUGAAGAAGAGUCACGAGUCAGACACAAUGUCUAACAGGAUUGUGCACAUUAGUGUCCAGUUGUUCAGCAAUGAGGAGCUCGCUAGACAGGUGACAGAAGAGUGCCAGCUCCUGGACAUUAUGGUCACUGUGCUCUUAUACAUGAUGGAGAGUUGCCUUAUUAAAAGUGAGCUGCAAGAUGAAGAAAAUAGUUUACAUGUUGUGGUGAACUGUGGAGAAGCCUUACUGAAGAAUAACACUUACUGGCCUCUUGUUAGUGAUUUUAUUAAUAUUCUUUCUCAUCAAAGUGUGGCGAAGAGAUUUUUGGAGGAUCAUGGCUUGUUAGUUACAUGGAUGAAUUUUGUUUCUUUCUUUCAAGGCAUGAACUUGAACAAGCGAGAACUCAACGAGCACGUGGAGUUUGAGUCUCAGACCUACUAUGCUGCUUUCGCUGCCGAGCUUGAGGCCUGUGCACAGCCGAUGUGGGGACUCUUAUCACACUGUAAAGUUAGGGAAACUCAAGAGUAUACCCGAAAUGUUGUAAGGUACUGCCUUGAAGCUCUUCAAGAUUGGUUUGAUGCUAUUAACUUUGUAGAUGAGCCAGCUCCUAACCAAGUCACCUUUCACCUGCCACUACACCGUUAUUAUGCUAUGUUUCUAAGUAAGGCUGUGAAAUGUCAAGAAUUAGACUUGGAUUCUCUUUUACCGGAUCAGGAGAUGUUAAUGAAACUAAUGGUUCACCCACUCCAAAUUCAAGCUAGUCUUGCUGAAAUCCACAGCAACAUGUGGGUAAGAAAUGGUCUGCAAAUCAAAGGACAAGCCAUGACCUAUGUCCAGUCUCAUUUCUGCAACUCCAUGAUUGAUCCCGAUAUUUACUUAUUACAGGUCUGUGCUUCUCGACUUGACCCAGAUUACUUUAUAUCGUCGGUCUUUGAAAGGUUUAAGGUGGUGGACUUACUGACCAUGGCUUCACAGCACCACAAUACAGUACUUGAUGUGGAGCAUGAGCGGUCGAUGCUGGAGGGCGCACUCACCUUCCUUGUGAUUCUUCUGAGUCUUCGUUUACACUUAGGAAUGUCUGAUGAUGAGAUUCUCAGGGCAGAAAUGGUAGCCCAGCUGUGUAUGAAUGACAGGACGCAUAGCUCUUUGCUUGACCUCAUCCCAGAAAAUCCCAACCCAAAAAGUGGCAUUAUUCCUGGAAGUUACAGCUUUGAAUCAGUUUUAUCUGCUGUAGCUGAUUUUAAGGCUCCUGUUUUUGAACCUGGAGGUUCUAUGCAACAGGGCAUGUAUACUCCCAAAGCUGAAGUCUGGGAUCAGGAGUUUGACCCGGUCAUGGUCAUUCUUCGAACAGUUUACCGCAGAGAUGUGCAGUCCGCAAUGGACAGAUACACAGCAUUUUUAAAACAGAGUGGAAAAUUCCCUGGCAAUCCCUGGCCUCCUUAUAAGAAAAGGACAUCACUCCACCCCAGCUAUAAAGGUCUCAUGAGACUUCUGCACUGUAAAACCUUACACAUUGUGCUAUUCACUCUGCUUUACAAGAUUCUGAUGGAUCAUCAAAAUCUGUCUGAACAUGUGCUAUGCAUGGUAUUAUAUCUGAUUGAAUUAGGUCUUGAAAACUCUGCUGAGGAUGAUUCUGAGGAAGAGGUGUCAAUGGGUGGACCAGAACGUUGCCAUGACAGUUGGUUCCCUGGAAGUAACUUGGUAUCAAACAUGCGACACUUUAUCAAUUACGUUAGAGUGAGAGUCCCAGAGACUGCUCCUGAGUUGAAAAGGGACUCACUUGCUGGCACGAGCUCUGAUGGAUUGGGCGCUUUACAAAGUUCCCGACGGCCUAGAGUUCUUCAAAGAGAGAAUUCUGGUACAGCUCAAGUUUUCAGCUUAGUAGCAGAGCGCAGAAAGAAAUUUCAGGAGAUCAUCAAUCGAAACAGCAGUGAAGCAAAUCAGGCAGUCCGGCCCAAAACCCCCAGUAAAUGGUCAGCUCCUGGUUCCACUCCCCAGCUAACCACAGCCAUUCUGGAGAUUAAGGAAAGCAUAUUGUCUUUGCUAAUCAAACUUCACCACAAACUCUCAGGAAAACAAAACUCUUACUAUCCUCCGUGGCUCGAUGACAUAGAAGUUUUAAUACAACCAGAAAUUCCUAAAUACAGUCAUGGGGAUGGUAUAACUGCAGUGGAAAGAAUUUUGCUAAAAGCUGCAGUGCAAAGCAGAAUGAACCAACGCAUCAUUGAAGAGAUCUGCAGGAAAGUGACCCCUCCUGUGCCACCCAGAAAAGUCACCUCGGCAGAGAAGAAAACUCUGGACAAGGAGGAAAGGCGACAGAAGGCUAGAGAAAGGCAGCAGAAAUUGCUUGCAGAGUUUGCCUCACGACAGAAAAGUUUUAUGGAAACUGCAAUGGAUGUUGAUUCUCCUGAGAAUGAUAUUCCUAUGGAAAUUACCGCAGCAGAACCGCAAGUUUCUGAGGCUGUGUAUGACUGUGUUAUUUGUGGACAGAGUGGUCCUUCCUCUGAAGACAGACCUACAGGACUGGUUGUACUGUUACAAGCAUCAUCAGUUUUAGGGCAGUGCCGGGACAAUGCUGAGCCAAAAAAGUUACCAAUCACUGAGGAGGAACAGAUUUACCCCUGGGACACAUGUGCAGCAGUUCAUGAUGUGAGGCUUUCUUUAUUGCAGCGUUAUUUUAAAGAUAGUUCUUGCCUUUUGGCAGUAUCAAUUGGCUGGGAAGGAGGUGUUUAUGUACAAACUUGUGGCCACACGUUACACAUAGAUUGUCAUAAAUCCUAUAUGGAAUCAUUACGGAAUGACCAGGUUCUUCAGGGCUUCUCAGUGGACAAAGGAGAAUUCACAUGUCCCCUCUGUAGACAGUUUGCUAACAGUGUUCUUCCAUGUUAUCCUGGAAGCAAUGUGGAAAAUAACCUUUGGCAACGUCCUAGUAACAAAAGCACGCAAGAUCUCAUAAAGGAAGUGGAGGAGCUGCAGGGACGGCCGGGAGCUUUCCCAGUAAGCAUCAGUUCAGAAACAAACUUAAGUAAAGAAAUGGAAUCUGUAAUGAAAGAUAUAAAAAAUACCACUCAGAAGAAAUACAGAGACUACAGCAAGACCCCGGGCUCACCAGACAAUGAUUUUCUCUUUAUGUACUCUGUUGCUAGAACCAAUUUGGAACUCGAACUGAUUCAUCGAGGAGGCAGCCUGUGCUCGGGCGGGGCAAGCACAGCUGGUAAAAGAUCUUGUUUGAAUCAGCUGUUCCACAUAUUAGCCUUGCACAUGCGGCUUUAUACCAUUGAUUCUGAGUAUAAUCCCUGGAAAAAACUCACCCAGUUAGUAGAAGAUAUGAAUUCACAGCUGGGGAAUGAAGAACAGCAGCCUGAAGUUCCAAUCCUUUAUCAUGAUGUGACAUCCCUUCUGCUCAUCCAGAUCUUAAUGAUGCCACAACCCUUACGCAAAGAGCACUUCACCUGCAUUGUGAAGGUCCUCUUCACCCUGCUGUACACACAAGCGCUGGCAGCACUUUCAGUCAAGGGCAGUGAGGAAGAUCGGUCGGCCUGGAAACACGCUGGAGCUCUUAGAAAGAAUACAUGUGAUGCAGAAAAGUCUUACGAAGUGCUGCUGAGCUUUGUUAUCAGCGAACUGUCUAAAGGGAAGUUAUAUUGUGAAGAAGGAUCCCAGGAGUGCUCAAUGGUUAGUCCUAUGGCUUGGUCUCCUGAGUCCAUGGAAAAAUAUGUCCAGGCCUUCUGUUUACCUUUCCUUAGGAUCAGCAGCCUUCUUCAGCACCACCUCUUCGGGGAAGAUCUACCAAGUUGCCAGGAAGAAGAAGAAUUUUCAGUUCUUGCCAGCUGUCUGGGACUUCUACCAACUUUUUACCAAACAGAUCACCCGUUCAUCAGUGCUUCAUGUCUGGACUGGCCAGUUGCAGCAUUUGACAUCAUAACUCAGUGGUGUUCUGAGAUAAGGUCGUUUACGGAGAGGCAUGCAGAACAAGGAAAGGCUUUGCUUAUCCAAGAGUCCAGAUGGAAAUUACCACACCUGUUACAGUUGCCUGAGAAUUACAACACCAUUUUUCAGUACUACCACAGAAAAACCUGCAGUGUCUGCACCAAGGUUCCCAAAGACCCAGCUGUGUGCCUGGUGUGUGGCACGUUUGUGUGCCUGAAAGGCCUGUGCUGCAAGCAGCAGAGUUACUGUGAAUGUGUGCUGCAUUCUCAGAAUUGUGGUGCCGGAACCGGAAUUUUCCUUUUAAUCAAUGCAUCAGUGAUUAUCAUCAUCCGAGGCCACCGCUUCUGCCUCUGGGGUUCCGUCUAUUUGGAUGCUCAUGGAGAAGAGGACCGGGACCUUAGGCGAGGCAAACCUCUCUACAUCUGUGAGGAGCGCUACCGAGUGCUCGAGCAGCAGUGGGUUUCGCACACCUUUGACCACAUCAAUAAAAGAUGGGGUCCACACUACAACGGGCUGUGACACACGCCUCAGCACCGCAUAUAUUACCAUCUUCAUUGACAUUGAUUUAUCAGUAAUAAGCUUUAAUUGGGGGGGUGAUGUCUUUGCUGAGGGAUGAAAAAGAAAACAUUAUGAAGCCUUUCCAAAAUUAGGUGCUUGGUAACCACAUUAAUGGUAUAAUAAUUUUUCUCAAGUAUCUGGACAACAAAUAAGUUAAAUCAUUCUUUAGUGGUCAUUUUUUUAAGUGCACAAUUAAUAAAAAAGCACAACUUGUCCACAGAAAUCAUUCAGAAAUGAUUUUCCCUAUAAUGCCCUUAUCGGCUGUUCACUGAUAGAGGGGAUGUGAUUUAUUUGAAGUUUUACUGCUCUUUCUGUGUUUUCAUUUGCAUCUGCUAAACAUAAUGCAUCUUUUUCUUUGUCACCCUUGUAUUGAUUUGAGAUUUUUGCUGUAUGUAAUUAGAAAAAAUGUAAAACAUGAUUUAUGUGAAAUAUUGUAUAGUAAAAAUUGGUCUAAUAGUAGAACUUUAAGAUUUUUUCUUAUGAGGAAUCUGUUAAAAGUUUAAGGCUUUGCUGAAAACUUAAUUCAUUCUCAGGAAUUUCAUAAACGCUUUCCCCGGGUAAAUCAUUGAAGUAGCUGUAAAAUAGGUAGCUGCUGUCAGGAUAGUGCAGUGCACUGGGGGGGGGCAUAUGUGUGGUUGGGGGUUCUUAAAAUAAACAUUUGUGGACUGAGGGGUCACUCAGUGGUCCACAGCUAACGUUCACAAAACCGGAGUUUCAUCUUAAGCACCAUACACACUCAAAAAUCAAUUUGCCCCUUCAAUUGAAUGAAUUCUUAAAGUUGUUAGUGACAACUAGAUUGUACAAUAAAAUCAAAAGGGUUAAGAAUGUA